GCGGCUGGCCAUCAGUUAGAUCAUUAGCUUGAACCGCUCCGCAUCAAUUUGGGUCUACUUAUAAACUCACACUUUUAUUUUAUGAAUUAUAUUUAAUAAGCAAUUGGUCUUCAACAUAAUUAAAUAAAAAUAAAAGCGAUAAUGUCUAAAGCUUCAUAUAAAGUUGCUGAUAUCAAAUUGGCUGAUUGGGGACGGAAGGCUAUUCUUAUUGCGGAAAAUGAAAUGCCUGGUUUAAUGGCUUGUCGUAAGAAAUAUGGUCCUUUAAAAGUUUUGAGUGGAGCUAGGAUAGCUGGUUGCUUACAUAUGACUGUACAAACUGCUGUCCUUAUCGAGACAUUAGUUGAGUUAGGUGCUGAGGUUCAGUGGUCCAGUUGCAAUAUAUUUAGUACUCAGGAUCAUGCUGCAGCUGCAAUUGCAGCUGGCGGAGUUCCCGUCUACGCCUGGAAAGGCGAAACGGAGGAAGAAUAUAACUGGUGCAUUGAACAGACCAUACUUUUCCGGGAUGGCAAACCAUUAAAUAUGAUAUUGGAUGACGGCGGCGAUUUAACAAAUUUGGUUCAUGAAAAAUUUCCACAGUACUUGCCUGGAAUCAAGGGCAUAUCUGAAGAGACUACGACGGGUGUUCACAAUCUGUAUAGAAUGUUUAGAGAAGGGAAGUUAGCUGUGCCUGCUAUUAAUGUCAAUGAUUCCGUAACUAAGAGCAAAUUCGAUAAUUUAUAUGGUUGCCGGGAAUCUUUAAUCGAUGGCAUUAAACGCGCUACAGACGUUAUGAUUGCUGGCAAGGUAUGUGUGGUCGCCGGCUAUGGGGACGUGGGCAAAGGCUGUGCUCAAGCGCUAAAAGGUUUUGGUGGACGCGUUGUUAUAACAGAAAUCGAUCCAAUCAAUGCUUUGCAGGCAGCCAUGGAAGGCUAUGAAGUAACGACUAUGGAAGAAGCUAGCAAAGAAGGCACUAUUUUCGUUACCGCCACUGGCUGUGUCGAUGUUAUUACCGGCGAGCACUUCAAAAACAUGAAGGACGAUGCUGUUGUUUGCAAUAUAGGCCACUUCGAUUGCGAGAUCGAUGUAAAUUGGUUAAACGUUAAUGCCAUUGAAAAGGUAAACAUUAAGCCGCAGGUUGAUCGUUAUACCCUACCUAAUGCGCGUCAUAUAAUUGUGUUGGCUGAAGGUCGUCUGGUCAAUUUGGGUUGCGCUCAUGGUCAUUCCAGUUUUGUGAUGUCCAAUUCUUUCACAAAUCAAGUAAUGGCGCAAAUCGAACUUUUCACUAAAGUGGGUCAAUAUGCAAUCGGUGUUCAUAUGUUGCCUAAAAUAUUGGAUGAAGAAGUUGCCCAAUUGCAUUUGGAGAAAUUGGAUGUAAAGCUCACCAAGUUGACUGAAAAGCAAUCAAAAUAUUUGGGAAUACCACAAAAUGGGCCGUUUAAACCAGACCAUUAUAGAUACUAAAUGUAUUUUUAAAUUUUUUUCGAAUUUUGCAUUGAACAUUUUACCUUAUACUGCUUUUAAUAAGGAAUUAGGGAAAGCUACCGAAAUAAAAUUUAUAUUUUUCUUAA